CGCCGGUCCAACGAUGCGGCACAUCCUGCCGGCGUAUUGCUUCUCAUGGAGACCAACCAGCAACAUCCGCAUGGCUCAGCUAGACGUAACGUUGAAUCCGGCAAUCACUACAGAGCGGGUUUAAUGGAGAACGCGGAGCCGCGCCACUGAAAACAAUCCAUUAAGCGACCAUGCGACCAGUCCAAUUGCUCUCCCCCACCUUGACGGGCUGUGGCGGGGUAGAGUUGGAGACUGUUAUAAAAAGCUGGGUGCCAUCCCCUCCAUGACGCAACACACACGGCCCGUACAGUCAAUCCAUCCUUAGAGCAGCAAAAUCGUUAUUAUGGCUUCUUCUACUCCCUUUACAAUCAAAUGGGGCAUCAUGGCCACCGGUGGCAUCGCUCAGACUUUCUGCAAAGAUCUUCUGACCGACCCUGCAAGCCGUGACGUCCACGACAUUCGUCACGAAAUCGUCGCCGUCUCUUCCUCGACCUCUGCCGAACGCGCCGCCGAAUUCAUCAAGAAGAUUGACGGCCCCUCGUCCGCCAAAACCUACGGCUCAUACACCGAGCUUGUUGCAGACCCCAACGUUGACAUCAUCUACGUUGCAACCCCUCACGGCCACCACUUCCAAAACACCAUGCUUGCUCUCGAGGCUGGCAAGAAUGUUCUUUGUGAAAAGGCCUUCACUGUUACUGCUUCCCAGACCAAGAAGCUUAUCGCAAAGGCGCAGGAGAAGAACCUGUUCCUGAUGGAGGCCGUUUGGGUUCGUUAUUUCCCCAUCAGCAUUAAGAUCCGCCAGAUGAUCAAAGACGGCGUCAUUGGCCACGUUCACAGAACCAUUGCCGACUUGUCAUUUGGCGAAGGAGACGAAAACGGCAUCGUGAGCUUCCCCGACACCCACCGCAUGGUUAACCUCGAUCUUGCCGGCGGUGCGCUGCUCGACCUUGGCAUCUACUCCCUCACAUGGCUGUUCCAAACACUCUACCACGUUCAGCCCGAAGCCGAAAAGGAAGCCCCGCAAGUGGUCUCGUCCAUCAACAAGUACAGAACCGGUGCGGACGAAACCACCGCCAUGAUUGUCAACUUCCCGCAACACAAGAGCAUGGGUAUCGCCACUACAUCUAUCCAGGUCGGCACCGACCCCGACGGCGUUGGCUCCGCUGGCCCUGCCAUCCGCAUCCAGGGCAGCAAGGGUGAGAUCCAGCUGGCCGGCCCCGCGUACCGACCCCUCCAGUAUAAGCUUAUCCUCAAGGAUGGAGACAACAAGGUACAGACUGUCGAGUACCCCAUCCCCAAGGACACCAAGCGUGACUGGGGCCACGGUAUGUUCUGGGAGGCCGAUGAGUGCGCUCGCUGUCUCCGCGACGGUAAGAAGCAGAGCGACACCAUGCCCUGGAGCGAGAGCAUUGCCAUCAUGGAAGUCAUGGACAAGACGCUCACCGAUGGCGGCGUCCAGUACCCCGAACUCAUCACCACCGAUGUCUACGAUGCCAAGAGCCCCCUUAACACUGGCAACCAAUGAUUUCCGCAUCAGACGUUACAAAAAUAAGAAGAUGGCGCAGCUACUCUACUACUAGUUAAUUCAUACAAACCCCCCCUAAUUCGAGAAAUACUCAGUACACUCCUACACACACCCCUGUGGCGCAAUGGGACGUGAAACACCCCUAGACCGCGGCGAUGCCGGGCCUCAAGUACCGCGCAUGAACCGUAUAAUUCUCCGUCCGAACCACCGCCAAUCGGACAUUUCCGGCACCUGUAAGAUGCGCUCGGCCGUUCGAGAAAAUAAAAGAACAUGCGGGACAGCUUAUUCGGUAAAAAUAGAUUUCUUGCAUGUGGACACACACCCUGUGUUCAAUGCUUCGCGUGCAUCGGGGAUAAGCCUGUUUGACCUGCAAACUCGCAGAUGAGCCGUUCAUGCAAGACGCAUUGGCAGAUCGAAACAGGGCAAGCAAAUUAUUUGAAAUAGAACAUUGUCAGCGGUUAAACAAAGCAUGACACGAACUGCGUUUACAAAAUACCCAGUGUCUGGUUCCGCAUAAACUACAGGUCGUCCGUCCGUGGGUGAGCACAGACGCGUUCAGCAAUAUGCAACCUGCAAAUCCCUAGAGAUCGGGUGCAGCACCCAUCCAUAGUGAAGUAAUUACCUGUGCGCAUGUUCCUUUAUUUUCCCGUGUAUUCUUUUGUUGCACCUCGCAUAUGCAUAGAGCGGCUCUCGCCCUAACGCCGCCGCAACAGUGCGGUGAUGUCGCCCGCUAGCAGCGUCCCGACCCCACCAGCC